AUGGCCAGUACCCAACCUCUUACGUCAUUACUCUCCUCUCAGGGGAGGCCUAUGUCUGGGUCACCAUCUUUUAUUCGCCCACUUGUGGACCUUAGUUAUCCGUUUCAGCAGACUGCAGGACCUAGUUAUUCAUCAUACAAGCAGACUGCAGGAUCUAGCUUUCCACCUACCACACAGGUGCCCCCAGGAUUCCAGCAGACUGGAGGAUCCCGCACUCCAUAUCCCACACAGGUGCCCUUAUCCUUCCAGCAGACACAAGUGCCCCCACGCUUCCAGCAGACUGGGGGAUCCCACACCCCGCAUCCCACUCAUAUACCUGCACGUGAGGAUGAUUAUGUGGAGCCGGGUGGGGAUGAUACUGCGCAGGAUGGAGAUGAUGUUCAGUCUGAUGGUGACGAUGUUCAGGGGGAGGAUGAUCCGAGGGAGAUUCAUAUCAUUGACGGUAGAUAUUUUAUUUGGCCCGCUGGAAAUUCGUUUGGGCCGAGUCGGACUGCUGCCAGGUGUGUGUACUAUGUGAUUCAGCAAAUGUAUAAAGAAGCUUGGACGAGUUUUGGAGAUGUUUCAAAUAAAGAUGCUUGGUUUAAUUGUUUUAAGGAAAAGUGUACUUCGGAUCCAAUGAGCGAGAAAGUUGUUAAAUUUUUUUUCUUUAGCAGAACAUCAAAAAGACUUUCUGACACGUUGCAAAAUAUUAGAAAGCGUUGGGAACGUGAUGGUAGUCGUCCUGGGUGGUUGGGCCAAGAAGUUCUUGAGCAACUUCUUGCAUAUUGGAAUACAGAGGAAUUUAAAGCUAAAUCUGAAAAUGCAAAAAAAAUGAGGGCAUCUGAAAAAGGAGGUCACCUUAAUGCACCUAAGAGGUUGGGGAGACAACCACUCAUGAUCGAGUUGGUUAAAGAAACUAGGACAAAAAAAUCGGGUGAUUUUGUUGACGAGCGUACUCGAAAAGCUUUGGAGGAUUAUCAAACAAUGCUUGUACAAUUUUUGGUCAAUAAUCCCCAAUAUUCUCCUAGAGAAGGAGAGCCGCUUCAUCCAGAUGUUGAUUUUUAUAUUUGGAAUAAAGUCAUUGGCGGAAAAGGGCCUAAUGGAUGUUUUUUUGGGGGUGGAAAUUUGGCGGGAAGCUUGGGAAGUGGAGAUAGAAAUUUAUUUCAAAGAGUUAGAGAUGGGGAAGGAUCGUCACGUCCAACACAAUUGACACCGCAAAUAAUGGAAACAAUUAGACAAUUGGCCCUAACUGAGGCGGAGCUAAAGGCCCAAAUGGAUGAACGUGAGGCGGCGCUAAAAGCACAAGUGGAGGGGCAACAACGACAAAUAGAGACAAUGGCAAAGAUGCAAGCAGAGAUGCAACAGCAAAUGCAGUUAUUUGCAGUCUCAACAAAGAAGUGGUAG